AUGGCACGAACAAAACAAACAGCAAGAAAAUCAACUGCAGGUAAAGCCCCAAGAAAGCAAUUAGCUUCAAAGGCAGCAAGGAAAUCAGCUCCAAUUUCAGCAGGUAUUAAAAAACCACACAGAUACAGACCAGGAACUGUUGCAUUAAGAGAAAUUAGAAGAUAUCAAAAAUCCACUGAUUUAUUAAUCAGAAAAUUACCAUUCCAAAGAUUAGUAAGAGAAAUUGCUCAAGAUUACAAAACUGAUUUAAGAUUUCAAUCAUCAGCAGUUAUGGCACUUCAAGAAGCUGCAGAAGCAUACUUAGUUGGUCUUUUUGAAGAUACUAACUUAUGUGCUAUUCAUGCAAAGAGAGUUACCAUUAUGCCAAAAGAUAUCCAAUUAGCCAGACGUAUUCGUGGAGAAAGAUCUUAA